AUGGCAAAUCAAGGAGAACAAGAAACGCAAACUCUGGGAGAGACAACUGAAAUGCUGAGAGAUAAGGGCAUACCCCAAGAGAAAUAUCAUGGGAAUGUCCCAGAAGAAGUAAGGGAAUUGGUGCUAAACUAUAUACCCUUAGAGAAGAGGCCUGUGACGCCGAGAGAAGGGACUCCCGAAGGAGUGAAUGAAAAUCACGGAGCCAAAUCAAACCCGUGGGUGAUGGAAUCAGACCCACAAAAAGAGUGGGAGCCUCAACAGGAAGCCUCCGAACCCAUUGAGGAGGAAGAACCCAUAGAGGAAGAAGAACCAGAAGAGGAAGAAGAAGAGCCCCAAGAUAUGGAGGGAGAAUAA